AUGUGUGACCCGUUCGGAACGUUGGCCUGUGCGAAUGGAACAAAUGAAGUGUCCUGCGUCUGCAAACCACAUUGGGAAGGAACUUACUGUAGGCAGGCCCCAAACCAAUGUAACCUGACGAAGCUCGAUUGUGGUGAACACGGUCAUUGCACUUCCGAAGUCGAUAUAGCAGUUUGCACUUGCAAUGAUGACUACACGGGGGAACAUUGCCAGAUUGCAAAGAACAAGAUCUCAUUCAAUUCGGAAAACUCGGUUUCUUUGCUAUCUGAGACCACCUUCUGUGCUCUAAUUCUUGUUAUUCUCGAGUUCACAAUGAUAUUCUUGAGAGGAGUACUUGCAAUGCACUGUCCCUGUUCAGAUCAGAGCACACAGAAAUUCUGUCAAACUAUUCGUUCUUUGGCAAUACUGCUCGCAUCACUCGUUGUUCUACUUUUUCAACAUCCAGCAAUUUUUAACAUCCCUGCAAUGGAGUGCAAAUUAUGGUUUUAUGUAGCCACGAUUUGCUUCUCAAUUGGUAUCGGCUCGUUUGCCAUGGAGGCGUUCAGUAAUGAACUAGCGGUGCGAACGGAACAGAGAUGCUCGUCUUGGUCAUGUAACUGCAAUGAGCAAUCACAAGGAGUGUCAGCAAAGCCGUUUCCAGCGAAAAUGAUUCCUAUUGCGUUACUCUCUUUUGCAAUCACUAUACCUUACUUUUCUCAGUACGGACAGGUCACAUCAUCGUGGAGUUGUUUGGGACGAUUCAAUAUGGAUGCAAUCGACUUUUGGUAUCCCAUUGUUCUGCUGAAUUUCUGUGCUGCCUUUGCAGCCUCGGUUGCUUCCUACUGCACUUUCUUCGUGGAGAAGAAUCUACCGCAAUUGAUCGUAGAAGAGAGCGCCUUUCACGAAAUCAAUGCCUUGAUCGGGAAAUACUUAGUUGAAAGUGACCUCUACAUCGGUGAGUACGACAACCAUAAUCAUUACGGAGAAACGGCUGCCGUUCGUGAACAAUGCAGGUGCUUCUUCAGAGAAUGGGCGAAUCAGACAAUGUUGACCGACCCGCAGGGAGAUACCUUGAGAAACAUCCCACCCGUCAAGGCUCGUCUUACUGAUUUUGCUGAAAAAAAGCACGACGAAGUAUUUGAAAACCUCGGAAUAGGAUUGCCAAAGGCACCGUCGAAUCCUGUGAAGCAUAGCAAGUACUGGCUUGCACUGGACAGCUAUUUGAACGAAAUGAAGUGGGAUCCAUUCCAAAUAUGUCCACUUCUGAUAAUUAAUCAACAGGGAAAUACGAUUGAGAAGACAUUUCUGCGAACACCAAUGAGCAUUUUGUGCGGAAAGGUAUUAGAAGAAUUGAUUCAAAUGGAAAAUGUUGUGGAAGACGAAACAGAGGGCUGCACAUGUGGAGAAGUGGGAAGAGUUGAAGUUAAGGCUGUUGAUGAGUUCGACCCUCAAUGGAUGAUGUCAAAAGAAGACAAGAUCCAGAUGAAACUGAAGGUAACAUCAGUUUCUAUCUCCAAUUAUCCAAACCUCGUUGAAGCACUUGGUUACGGAUUCGGUUUUCUCGGAAAGCUAGAAGGAUCGAUGAAAACCCGACAUUUUCAAGACAGAUGUGUUUUCGUGGGCUACGGUGAUGUUUUGGCUGGCCAAAACUGA